CCGAUACAUUGCUCAAAGAUUCAUACCCAGUGACAGUGCUUGCGACAGAGUUGUCUCUGGUUUUUCACAAGGCAGUGGUGAAAUGAAGUUUAGUACUCCAUUAGCCAAUGAACUUGUUGUUGCUUUAAGACAGACAUUGACGGGAACUCGGGUGAAGAGAAUGAGCCGCAGUGAAGGAGAUUUGACAUCAAACAAUGAAGAUAUUUGUGAGGUGAGACGGAGUAGCUGGUACAGUGGACCUUCGGAAGUGUCUUUAGAUGACACAGACCUUCUGAUAUCUAAGGAGUGUCAGGAGUCAGUUGGUACAGAUUAUGGGUAUGAUGAUGAUCAGAAAAAGCACAGGUGUAUCCGCUCACUGGCAGCUUUCGAUGACAGCGUGUGGGGGCGCCGCUCGGGUGUGUCGCUGCUGUCGGCUGGCUCGGGCGUCUACGAGGAGAUCGCGGAGGAGGCGGGGCCGUGCGGGCCGCAGGGGGCGGGGCCGUGCGCCGCACUCGAGCACACGUACGAGAGUGUGGAGUGCGUGUACGGAACCAUGCGGCGAGCGGGCGGGAGACACGCGCCGCCGCUACCGCCGCGGACAUUCGGCACGUUAAAACUUGGCCAGUCUUGGAACAGCCGCGCGAACUAUCAGAGCUCGGAGCCAACGCAGACGAGCGGCGUGUCCAGACACAGUUCUCUCGGCUCGCUGCACUGCUCCAAGGGACCCAAGCACAAACAAGGAUUUAGUGUGUUCAGAAAAAGACUGAAAAGCGACUCGCGUAUAUCGUCACCGAAAUGCGAGACGAAGGAAACGAAAGACGUGGAGACAAAGAAGAAGAGAUUCGACUUCACGCCGACCAGGGACAUAUUCAAGAGCUUCAAAGUGAGCAAGAAGAUGAAGGGGCUCAAGAUCGGCCUGACGAAGAACGAGACCAAGAGUUGCGAGUUCCUCGACGACACCCGUCACGUGACAGCCAACCGGUGCUCGAAGUCAGUCGAGUGUAUAGACAACGAGUUCGAUCUGUCGACAGACAUAUCGAUACAAAUCAACGAGACUAAUAUGUCGGCGCUAGCGUUGCCCGAAGAAAUUGUCGAGUUGAUUCUCAAUAACGAGCAGUUUACGAAGGUAAGGUUAAAGGAGACGAGUCCUCCUUUAACCAUAGAAAGUGACUACAUGCCAAUGUCACCGAUAGCAUCAGUUCCACCCAUAGUUCCGCCGAUUGAACAACAUUAUACAGUGAUGUCCCCGCGUGGACAUACCGCUUAAAGGCGAGGUUACAACACAGCGGUGAGGCAUCGCAUCGAAAAAUUUCGUGUAUCUUUAAACCCUCAGGUGUAUAUACCUCUGUGGUUUUAUUCUAAACAACCAAUCGUCCUGUUGUAAGUGAAGCGUAUAACACUUAUCAUAAUCAGUCUCGCAAUACGUAUACGCACGCUUAUGUGCGUGCGUGCCCGUUGAAAGUGUGGGUACGUUGAAAAUUAUGCAAUUGCAUGUGCAGGUUGCUUUUUUGAUUCGUUGUCGCAUUGUAGUGUUGUAGCCUGAUACUAAUUUGUCGAUUUCGGUGAUUUUACGUUAUUAAAAUACUGUUGGGUCACGUACUUUAGUAUCAACAUAACAUGUGUUAUGUGGAUACUUUUCGGUACACUGAAGCUGUUUGCGUACGGGCAGACUGAUCUAGGCUAAAACAAAUUUAUUUUUGACGAAAGGUCGCAUAACUUAACUAUGGGACACAUAGUUAAUGUCAGAACCUUCUGACAUAGGCAUCGGUAACGAUAUUUAUAUAAUGGUUGUAUAAAAACAUGGAAAAGGGAAUGCGAACACUUAAAUUGCAAAUCUUUCAUCACAAUUGUCUGUGUAUAACAUUCGCAUUAGUAUGUUCGUUGUUAAGUAUGAAAGCUUCUUAGGCCGGCUGAUAGGGAAGCGUUUUAUAAAAGGUUUACUCCAAUAUUGGUGGUAUCCAUGUUGCAAUAUAUUAAUAUUACAUAUCCGCACAACCAUCUACUGCAUGCAUAAAAAACUAACGGUUCACGAAUGUUAUUUAAACCUUGUAAAAAAAAAUAAUUUGUGCUUCGUGUUUUUCCACGAUAUAAUAAUAUCUACUCCACAGCCUAUUGUUUACUUACAGCGAUGGACAAUUUCAAGAAGUAGGCAAUAUUUAUAAUAAAAAAAAAACAAUAAUGGUACAGGCUGCAUUUAUCUGGUCUUUCUAAAUCAAACUCCAAUAGGUUAAAAACCUCCACAGCUCGAACAGAUAUUUUCUUUUGUUCAUGCCCUGGUCAAAUCUUAAUCCUCUAUACGCUGAAAUAAUUAGGGAGCUCCUAAAAUCAAUUUAUACAUAUUUUCCCUGUAAAUAUUGCAGUCUUAAUACGUCAACACUUAAAUACACUGUAGGUUAAAAGACCACGGCUAAAUAAAUGAUAUUGAGCGGCUAUAAAUAAUAAUAUACAAAAAACAUUAAAAAAUCGUACUAAAUUUGCGCUCGUAGUCUGCGGCUCGACAGGAAUUAAGAAGAAUGUGAUUGUGCUGAGGUCUAAGAAAUAAUAAUAUCCGAUUGAAAAAGUUCCAGUUCAAAAAGAGGUGCGAUAUUAUGCAGAUUACAUUUAUCGAAGUAAAAAAAUAUAUUAAUCAUAAUAAUAAAAGGUAAUAAAUAAAUCUGGUAAAAACCAGAACUCACUCAUGAUUUUUUCCCGAAAAGUAUUGUAAGUAUUAAUUAAUAGCUUUAUUUGUGUAGAUAAGUAAUGCUUAUAAUCAUCCGAGCCGCAAUUCUUCACUGCCAAAUAUUAAUAAGGUAAUUUAAUUGUAUUUAGCAACUUUUUAGCAAGUCCGAUGAUUGAUAAUUUCGGCGGAUUUCAUAACUACCCUCAUAACGUCAUUGUGUGAUUUUAUUUAUUUAAAAAACUAUGUACAUCUAUUUGAUUUAUGUCACGGUUUUCUACAAAAUAAUUUUCGAUACUUUAAAGGCCGGCAACUCAACUGUCAUUUCUCAAGGCAUAUAGCUCUCAGAAAUAAACACUCGGAAAAAAGCCUUUGACACAUGUCAAUCAUGAAAGUGUACCAAACAAGUCAUGAAAAUCUUUUAUUUUUAAGGUUCAUUAGUAACUAUUUUUGACGCUGACACCGUUUCUGAAAUUUGUUUUGUAAAGUCCCUGUAAUCUUUUUUUUGACGCUGACACCGUUUCUGAAAUUUGUUUUGUAAAGUCCCUGUAAUCUUUUUUCCAUAGGUAUUUAUUAGGUAGGUAUUAGGUAUACUGUGUAACGCAAAGUUUUGCUGAUAAUCAUAAUUUGAUCCCAAGCUGUCUGAUCGUUUAGAAUAUCAAAGAUCUCAUGAUUUGAGGGUGAACUAUGGUGAUUGAAGUGUUGGGUAACCCCCGAUGUAGCGAUUCGGUAAAUUACCCAAUAUGGCUGCCCAAUUGUUCAUGAUGAGCACGGUCUUGGUCGCAUUGCUGUGUCGCGAACCCUUUAGAAGGCACCGCUCCCAAUCGAGAAUCUCCUCACUUAUUUACACUCCGUUACACGCGCGCGGCACUAAAGCGCCCUAAAUAAUUUUGAUUUUUUUUCUGUACUGAAGUAGAAAUAGUUAUCAAAAAUAUGUUAAGUGUAAUCAGUCUUUAUUUAUGCUUAUUAUUAAAACCAUCUCACCAACCACAUCCGCAUUUGUGAGAACAAAAAAUACGACACUCUUUCCUAAAGCGUCAAAAACCCUUUAAAAAGUCCGCAUAGUAACAUAAAUUUGUCAUUUUAGUCAUCAUUCAUUAGGGUGACUCGUCAUCAUUUUUUGUGAUUUUAUUAUCUUAUAUUACAUAUAAAUCUGCUUCUUUCUUUCUGCUAUGGGGCUUCAUCACCAAAUGCAGAAAUCAUCCGGUCAACACACUGUUUUUGUGUUAAACCACUUCGAAAUUCAUAAUAAAUCAUCGCUCUAGAAUUUUCUCGAGUCAAUUCCAUUUUCUCAACGACGAAACAAGUUUGACAAGACCUUGUGACAAGACCGAGAUAUUUUUUUUAAAUAAUUAAAUGGCAUUCGAUUUUUAAAACCAAGGAGUUUUUAAUUAAAAAGAUUUUAAUAUGACAGGAACAGUGGAAAUAUUCCAUUCCCGAUAAUUUUAGUGCAGCCUAUGUACAAAGAAUUGUAUACAAUAAUAUAUCGAUACAUUGGAUAAAACAACUCAUAUCACUUACUUCCGAAGCUCGAAAACAUGUCACGUUAUUCCACGCGCCCACAAGUGCCUCAAUGCCGCUCAACUUGUUGUAAAACGAAAGUCUCCGUGCUGACGUUCUUGACGCCACACUACCGCGUACAGCAUACUUUAAAUACACAUGGUAGCAGAUGUAUUUAAUUAUUAUUGUAUAUAAUAAACCAAGAAAAGUGAAACUAUAUUUUAAUAUUAAUAAUGAAUACUAAAUAUAAUAUUUUAAUAUUCAUUGAAUCCAACGAAAUAAUCGCAUCGGUCAAUACGUUUGUCUCACUUUUUUUUAUAUAGAGGAGCAAGUGGUUAACUUGAUGGCAAAAUCUAUAUAUAAUCAGAUAGUUUAGAGUUACCGGCCUUUAAAGUUAGAUAAGGUAUCUUUAAAGUCUUAUUUCUGAUAUUAAUUAUUUUGUAAGACUACGGUAGGUAUAGGAUAUAGAAGGGACGCAAUUACUUAUGCCAGUAUUAAACUAAAGUAUAUUAUGUCUUAGCAGCGUGUUGUGAUUUUUUUUAAAUAUAGUGUAGGCUCCGUAGAGGUGAAUAGUUGUACCUACUAUGUAGAUGCGUGGCAAAAAAAUCAUAAAAAAUAAUUGUCUCAUUUGUAAAAGGUAUACAUUUGUCUGCUGUCUUUUGAGCGAAGAUGAAGUGCAAGUCCAUGACAUAGACUUACAAUAUACAAAUUCAAAUGUAUUUGUGCAAAAUAGGAUGCCUCAGACCUGAGAAGAAUGGGCGCAACAAACUCAGCGGGCUCUUUUUCAUCAAAAAAUAUGUUCACACAGUACAAUUAAACUUAUUUGGUGGUAUCUGUGUAAGUAGUAUAACAACUGUAUAAGUAGACAAAGCGUGCUAUAGAGAAGAACUCCUCUAGCAUGUAAAUCACUGACCUCGAAAAAUACCACUGGACAGGUUGUUCCAUAUCUUUGACAACAAUUUUAUUGUGCCUAUUUGAAACGCCACUCGCGAGCGUCCAGAGAAAUAAUUUUGACGUAUAAUACAAAUGGCUGCGAAGGAACGUACAGUACUCUCAAGUAUUUUUACAUUUUGUAUUAAUUUCGUUCGUUUUCCGUGUUAUUUAUACUUCAGGAAUCAUCGUAAUAAAGUACACAUUUUUUUUGUAAAUAAUUUCCCACCAUCUAUCGAUGUUUGCUGAGGUUGUCUUCACUAGUUUUAGUACCGCAGACUCUCGCUAUGGCCAAUAGCGGCAAAAUGGCGAAUAUCAAACAGGCACAAAACCACUUUGAGACCCGCUUGUCCAGUGGUAUAUAGUAGAGGUGAGUGAUGUAUAUAGAAAGCGGUAAAAAAAUGUAAACAGAAAUUAGUUUUUUUAGUGAAGGAAUACUUACGCCUACUGUUUUUUGAGUGAAGCUAAAUGCAAGUCCAUAAAUACGUACUCACACCGACAGAUUGUCAACUGUUUGCUGGCUCAUUGUGAUUUUUGAAUGGUGUGCUAAAUAAGUACUUGGAUUUGUACAGUCGGAUUUGAUGACAUUGCAUUGCGAGACGAGCAAUGAUUGUAUGCUUAGAUCAUUUUUACGUCUAGAUAGACUAUGACGACAGCUGUGAAAACGUCAAAAAAUAUACUUACGAAAUACCCUCUUUUUUGAACUAUUCACGCACACUAACACAAAGUGUCAUACAAAUCGCCAGUGUAAGACGUAGCUUGUCACGAACAGUAAACUUAUAUUCCUGGCCUGUUUUUAUCGGUUGUCUAACAGCAAGAGACUAUGUAGACGAAUAUAUUAUCUAAGAUUAUUUGUUUGGUGCGAUCGGUGCAUUUGAUAACACUCCUCAGCCCUCGUUAAUAAGACACAUCUGGUGCUAUGUAAACAGGACGAGGAUUGAAAUAGAAAUUCGCGUCAAAGUCAUACAUGGUGCCGUAAAAGAACUUUUAGUACAAAAUUAUACAACAUACUAUACUGUAACUACAUCCUAGAGAAAUAGUGGGCAAAUGAUUCUGUCGUUUUUUAAUAGGAGUCCAUCAAUGAAUGAAGAUUACUGAACGUUGAAUUAUUUUAUGUAAUUCUUAUCAUUGUUGGCUAUCGAUCACGACACUAGAUUUUCAAUAAACCCACAAUAGCCAGUAGCAACUGUUUACGAUAUGUUGUGAUUAUUACCUGACCAAUGAGCAUUCAGUACACCGCGCCCGCUUACCUCAAUUGGUUGACUGAAUUGUUUGCAUUGCGGAGUUAUUAGGAGUCUACUGGGUUAUGUAAUCGAUACGUGAUGGUCUAUUUGUCCUUGUAGGGACUUGUUAAAACAAUAAAAAGUGUUGAUAGGUAAAUAUUUAGGACUGUUCUAAUUAAUCAUUAUAAAAUACUCUAAAAUUCACAAAUAAAAUUAAAAACAAAAUUUUAUGAACAAUGCGGGACUCGAACCCACGACCUCCGGCGUUAUCUCUAUAAAAUCUUGUUUGCUUUGUUCAGCUCAUAGCGACACGUUACUCAAACGGUUGGCUCAGUUGGUUAGAGCACCGGCACGGAACACUGGAGGUCGUGGUCGAAUUAUUAUUAUUAAUUUAUUGAAUAUAUACGUAAUGAAAUGUCAUUGACUACAUUAUUUGUAUUGCGAAUAUAUAGGUAUUUCUAAGUCAAAAAAUAUAGGUACCAGAUAAGUAAUCACCAACAAACGUAUACUAAAAUCCUCUCCUUCUUAAGUAUUAAUCCGAUCGGUUCAGUUGUUUUAUUUUAUAUUUAUAACUAAAGAUAUUGUGUUGUGUUUUUGAUGCUUAUGCUGAAAGAUCUAUGAAGAAUAUAUAAUAUAAAUAAAUUUGAAUUUAUAAAAAUUAUGUCAAAUUGUGUGAACGACAAGAAUAUUUAUAAUUAUGUUAUGAAAUCAUCGAAAUCUAAAUAUUAAGGUACUAUGAAUGUUAUAAGUGUUUAUUUCUUCCGGGACGACUGUCGCUUAUAUAUUGCAUUGCUACGUACGCUUGCAACGCCCCGGACAUUGACAUGUGCAGCAAUGGAGUGCAAAAUAAUUGACGAAUAAAUUAAGGAUCUCAUAGUGAAAUAGAUAGCCGUAUAUUUUAUUUAAAAAUAAACAUCUGCUUAGUUAAAAAUACUUACCGAUAAAAUGUAAUAUUCAUUGGUAUAAUUGCUGGUUGUGAAAGAGUCGACAGUUAGAUGUACUGAAAUACACCAUAUUGUAAUCUCUACUUACCCUCUGUUGGUCUCUCCGGAACCUGACGACAUGUCUAACGGCCGUUCCUAAUAUUCAGUCUAUCUUACUUGAGAUAAAAAUCGUAACUAUCGUUGACUUUUCUGUCCCAAUAAACUUAUAGACGGUAACUCACCUUAUCCGUACACGCUGUAUGUCAAUGGGACGACGUAUAGCUUACCAGCGAUAGAAGUUUGUAUGGAAAUUUCAAUUCACGCGUCCCAAUAUAAGGCGAUAAGAAUGACUUAUCGGGUAUAUCGGGACUGCUUCAGAUUAUUGACAGAUUACUCACAGUAGAAGGAAGUAAUUUAUCUCUAUCUGUAGAUAGUAAAUUGGGAACUGCCGUAAGUCACUUCCAGUACCUUCUGAUUUAGAUUUCUAUGUAUGAGAUCAGUUUUAAGUGACGGAACUGAAUAUUCUACUUCUCAUAACACAAUGUUAAAGCAAAUUAGAAAAAAUAAAUCAAGUGUGACGUGAUUUGUAGCUGCUGAUUGGCUUAUUAGCUUGGAUGUGAUUGGUAUCGCGAGAUAUAAUAGUCGAAUUGACUUGUUAAAUUAUUGUUGUAGGUUUAAUGUGUUUGAGGAAGUUUUUGUUGCUGUUUCGAUUGAGAUAAUAAAAUUAAUUAGAAUAGUGUUUUAGUUACAAUAUUGAAAAAUAUCUUAAGUUAAUAUUUCUAUUUGGAGUAUUCGUAGUAUGUAAUAUAGCUACGUAUACGUCGUAAAUAAUUUAAAUGCGUCAUUUUUUGUUGAUAAUCUUAUUCUGAGCAAGAAAAACAUAUUUGAAAAUUUGCGAAUAUCUUUGAAUAGCGACGCUGUUGGUCAGAGAGACCACAUGUCAUGACGACAAAAUAUGUAAAUUUUCAAAUAAUACUGUCCCACUUAUUUAACUAUGACGUAUAUGACAAUCAACCGGGCUGAAAUGGCAGACGUUUGAAGUGUCCGCGUAGAUUAACUUUUGUUCCUUACUUUCAAAGUAUUUUAAGCGGUCAAUAUUUUACUAAAGCGAAAUAAUCUUAAAUAAUAUAUCGAAUAAAAAUAUUAAAACUACUGUAAGCAUAUUCCCAUUCGCUAUUUGUUUCUCUUAAAAUUUAAUUUAAUGCUCAGGAUAAGAAAUAUUUGACACUUAUUUAAAUUAUAACCAUAAAUGGGAUAAAAUAAUCAUUGUUGCACAUUAAAAAAAAAUUGCGGAUGCAUUGAUAACUUUAGCAAAAUUUUUUCCGGGAUCAAUCAGUUUCAAGCGAACUUUUCCAUGUAUUCGUAAGCUUCUCAAUUAGAUAGAUGUAAUGUAAGUAGGUACUUAUAAAUGGAUCUCGUAAAUGUCGCUAAUGUGUAUUGUGUACUACAAUCUAGAUGUAGGUUUGUUUAUUCAUAAAAUUUUCUUUGUUAGAUCAUCACAAUAUCAGAAUUUUUCUAUUAGAAACUUAUUUUCUAAACGUGAAAGAAGCAUUUGUCACAUUUUUCAAUAGAUCUUUACAAAAUAUUUUUUUUUCGGCCAAGUUUAUCGAGACAGUAUUAUUUUUUUUCUUUUAUCCAGUUAUCUCACUCACUCUAUUCGAAUGGAUUUGCUUGUGUGUAUAGAAUUUGUAAAACGGACCAAACAUUUUGUUAAGCUAUUGGUGUGAUAACGACGUCAUCUGUUUUUGUAAAUAAAGUCUAAAAUUAAA